UGCAGUUGGUGCCAGAGUUCUCAGUCCUCCAGGGAAAGAAAAUGUCCAUCCAAGUGGAGCAUCCUGCUGCUGGUUACAAGAAACUGUUUGAAACUGUGGAGGAACUUUCCUCGCCACUAAUAGCUCACGUCACAGGCAGAAUCCCCCUCUGGCUCACGGGCAGUCUCCUCAGAUGUGGGCCAGGUCUCUUUGAAGUUGGAUCUGAGCCAUUUUACCACCUGUUUGAUGGGCAAGCGCUCCUGCACAAGUUUGAAUUUAAAGAAGGACAUGUGACAUACCAUAGAAGGUUCAUUCGCACUGAUGCUUAUGUCCGGGCAAUGACUGAGAAAAGGAUUGUUGUGACAGAAUUUGGGACCUGCGCUUUUCCAGAUCCUUGCAAGAAUAUAUUUUCCAGGUUUUUUUCUUACUUUCGAGGAGUGGAGAUUACUGACAAUGCCCUUGUUAAUAUCUACCCAGUGGGGGAAGAUUUUUAUGCCUGCACAGAGACCAACUUCAUUACAAAAAUUAAUCCAGAUACCUUGGAAACAAUUAAGCAGGUUGAUCUUUGUGACUAUAUCUCAGUCAAUGGAGCCACUGCCCACCCUCACAUUGAAAGUGAUGGAACUGUUUACAACAUUGGUAAUUGCUUUGGGAAGAAUUUUUCGAUUGCCUACAAUAUUGUAAAGAUCCCUCCCCUGCAAGCAGAUAACCAAGACCCAAUAAGCAAGUCAGAGGUCGUUGUACAAUUCCCCUGCAGUGAUCGAUUCAAGCCAUCUUAUGUCCAUAGUUUUGGUUUGACUCCCAACUAUAUUGUGUUUGUGGAGACACCAGUCAAAAUUAACCUGUUCAAGUUCCUGUCUUCAUGGAGUCUUUGGGGAGCCAACUAUAUGGAUUGUUUUGAGUCCAAUGAGACAAUGGGGGUUUGGCUUCAUAUUGCUGACAAAAAAAGAAGAAAAUACCUCAAUAACAAAUACAGGACUUCUUCUUUUAACCUCUUUCAUCACAUCAACACCUAUGAAGACAAUGGAUUUCUGAUUGUGGAUCUCUGUUGCUGGAAAGGAUUUGAAUUUGUUUAUAAUUACUUAUAUUUAGUGAAUUUACGUGAGAACUGGGAAGAGGUGAAAAAGAAUGCCAGAAAGGCUCCCCAACCUGAAGUUAGGAGAUAUGUACUUCCUUUGAAUAUUGACAAGGUUGACACAGGCAAGAAUUUAGUCACACUCCCCAACACAACUGCCACUGCAAUUCUGCGCAGUGAUGAGACCAUCUGGCUGGAGCCUGAGGUUCUCUUUGCAGGACCUCGUCAAGCAUUUGAGUUUCCUCAAAUCAAUUACCAGAAGUAUGGUGGGAAACCUUAUACUUAUGCAUAUGGACUUGGCUUGAAUCACUUUGUUCCAGACAGGCUCUGUAAACUGAAUGUCAAAACUAAAGAAACUUGGGUAUGGCAAGAGGCUGAUUCAUACCCAUCAGAACCCAUCUUUGUUUCUCACCCAGAUGCAAUGGAUGAAGAUGAUGGUGUGGUUCUGAGCAUAGUGGUGAGUCCUGGAGAAGGACAAAAGCCUGCUUAUCUCCUGAUUCUGAAUGCCAAGGACUUGAGUGAAGUGGCCAGGGCUGAAGUGGAGAUUAACAUCCCUGUCACGUUUCAUGGACUGUUCAAAAAAUCCUGAGCAUGUUCUAGCAAGA